UGAAGUUUUGAUUUUAUUUGGAUGUGCUUUGCAAAGGAGAGAGCGAGACCAUCCCAGAGGAGAAGAGCAGGUUCUUUUCAGCACCACCAAAACGGGACAGUUCCCAAGAAGCCUUUGAACGGCAAGCCACCUGGCACCAUGGAGCUGUCCACCAUCCCUGGUGCUGAACUCCUUUACAACAGCACCUUGCAAGACUUUAGCUCAAGUUCUCUUGCAACUUCUAAUGCCACAAACCAAUUGCCGAUGAAAAAUACUACUUCAAUCAUCAUAGCUAUUGCUAUCACUGCCCUGUAUUCGGUUGUCUGUGUGGUGGGGCUCUUGGGGAAUAUCCUGGUAAUGUACGGCAUUGUCAGAUACACCAAGCUGAAAACUGCCACCAACAUCUAUAUCUUCAACUUAGCCCUAGCAGAUGCCUUGGCCACUAGUACUCUGCCUUUCCAGAGUGCUAAGUAUCUGAUGGAGACCUGGCCCUUUGGGGAACUGCUUUGCAAAGUUGUCCUCUCCAUUGACUACUACAACAUGUUCACAAGCAUCUUCACCCUCACGAUGAUGAGCGUGGACCGGUACAUUGCUGUCUGCCACCCAGUCAAGGCCUUGGAUUUCCGGACGCCAGCUAAAGCAAAGUUAAUCAACGUUUGCAUCUGGGUUCUCUCCUCUGUGAUUGGAGUACCUAUCAUGGUCAUGGCUGUCACUAAAUCUGAAGGUGGCAUUAUGAUCUGUCUCCUUCAGUUUCCUGAACCCCAGAUUUACUGGGAUACUGUUACCAAGAUUUGUGUUUUUAUCUUUGCUUUCUUGGUUCCCAUCUUGGUAAUCACCAUCUGCUAUGGGCUCAUGAUUCUCCGCUUGAAGAGUGUCCGACUCCUCUCAGGUUCCAAGGAGAAGGACCGCAAUCUGCGCCGUAUUACACGCAUGGUGCUAGUUGUGGUAGCCGCCUUCAUCAUCUGUUGGACUCCCAUCCAGAUCUUUGUCAUUGUUUGGACUCUGGUUGGCAUUGACAAGAAGAACCCCUAUGUCAUGGCCAGCCUGCAUUUUUGUAUUGCCCUGGGCUAUACUAACAGCAGCCUCAACCCUGUCCUUUAUGCUUUCUUGGAUGAAAAUUUUAAGAGGUGUUUUAGGGAGUUCUGUCUCCCAUUCCGAUCACGGAUGGAGCAGAACAGCUUUACCCGGGCCCAGAACACCACCCGAGAACGUGUUUCUACCUGCACUCCAUCUGAAGUUCUUCAUAAGUCAGCAUGACUAGACAUGGACAGCCACAAAAGAGGCUUCAACAGGGGAUGCAGAGGAGAAGAACUGCACUCUGAAGUGACCCAGGUCACCACCACAGAAUUCUAGCCUGAACUGAUGCAGGAGAUGUUCAAGGAAAGGCACAACCACAAAUCUUGUGAACUUUUCAGAGUAAUUUAGGGCAUCACUCUCCAGUCUGAUGCAUUGGGGCUACAGCUCCCCAGAUUCCCAAUGAACACUUCCUAUAUACAUGAAGGACCACAUAUUUGGGGAAAGCCACACUAGGAUUUUUUCCCCAUUCUACAUAUGACAAGCCAAAUUUUU